UUUGGCGGUUUUUUCCUGACCUCUCGGUACCGCUCUGCCCUGAGAAGCCCACUGGUAGCUUGUAGGGAGCAGGACGGUCUCCUCAGCAAAAGGGCCUCUCGAAAUUUCUGUUCGAGGAGUUUGGGGGCUAGCCCUACGUUUUUUUCUUUUGAAAAAGUAUUUCUCUGUGACUGACGGCUGGGGUGUUCUGAUGGCCUGAGUUCUUAGGCCAUUCGGUCACCUCCCGUCUCGGUCCUGCUCGUCGCUGCCCACGCGCGUGGGUUUCUCGGGCGCAGGUCGGAGCUGGGUGGCCCAGGCCCCGGCCAUCAUGUCCGCGUCCGCCCAGCAGCUGGCGGAGGAGCUGCAGAUGUUCGGCCUGGACUACGAGGAGGCCGUGCUUGAGAAAUUGGUAGAGCUUUGUGUACUAUACAGGCAGAAUGAGGUGGAAAUGGCAGGCGAGCUUAUAGCAUUCUGCACUAGCACACGCAAAGGUUACCUUACCUUAGAGGUCCUGAACUCUUUUGAGCAUGAGUUUCUGCGCAAAAGAGUAUCCAAAGCCCGGCCCAAUGCUUGUGAGGACAGUGGACAUGCAGGAGCUAGAGACAUUGUUUCUAUACAAGAGUUAAUUGAAGUGGAGGAAGAAGAGGAGACCCUCUUGAGCUCUUAUACCACACCCUCCAAGGGUUCUCAGAAGCGAGCUAUCAGCACCCCAGAAACCCCCCUAACAAAAAGGAGUGUGUCUACUCGUAGCCCCCAUCAGCUCCUUUCACCAUCGAGUUUCUCUCCAAGUGCUACUCCCUCCCAGAAAUACAACUCGAGAAAUAACCGAGGAGAAGUGGUUACCUCCUUUGGCUCAGCACAGGAAGUGUCUUGGUCUGGGAGAGGAGGAGCUGGGAACAUCAGCCUGAAGGUCACAGGGUGUCCAGAGCCACUAGCUGGGAGAUACAAAUUCAUGUUCCAGAAGAUCUCAGACAUUCGAGAAGUUCUGACCUGUAAGAUAGAAGAACUUGGCAGUGAACUCAAGGAACACUACAAGAUUGAGGCUUUUACUCCUCUUCUGGUCCCAGCACAAGAGCCUGUCACUCUGCUGGGCCAGAUUGGCUGUGAUAGCAAUGGGAAGCUGAACAACAAGUCAGUGAUUCUUGAGGGAGACCGGGAACACUCCUCUGGCGCUCGGAUUCCAGUGGAUUUAUCUAACCUCAAUGAAUAUUCUCUGUUUCCUGGACAGGUUGUAAUUAUGGAAGGAAUCAACACCACUGGUAGAAAACUUGUUGCAACUAAACUUUACGAGGGUGUGCCACUUCCAUUUUAUCAGCCCACUGAAGAGGAUGGAGAUUUUGAGCAAAUCAUAGUCCUGGUUGCCUGUGGGCCAUACACCACAUCUGACAGCAUCACGUACGAGCCCCUGCUUGACCUGAUUACCGUCAUCAACCACGACCGGCCGGAUGUCUGCAUCCUUUUUGGUCCUUUCCUGGAUGUUAAACAUGAACAGGUGGAGAACUGUCUACUGACGAGUCCAUUUGAAGACGUUUUCAAGCAAUGUCUACGAACAGUUAUUGAAGGGACAAGAAGCUCUGCCUCCCACCUUGUCUUUGUCCCGUCCUUGAGAGAUGUGCACCACGAGCCUGUGUACCCACAGCCGCCUUUCAGCUACUCUGAUCUCUCUCGAGAGGACAAAAAGCGAGUACUAUUCGUCUCUGAGCCCUGCAGCCUCUCCAUAAAUGGAGUGAUCUUUGGCUUGACAUCCACAGAUCUGCUCUUCCACAUGGGAGCCGAGGAGAUCAGUAGUUCUUCUGGAACUUCAGACAGAUUCAGCAGAAUAUUCAGGCAUAUCCUGACCCAGAGGAGCUAUUACCCACUCUACCCUCCCCAGGAAGACAUGGCCGUUGACUAUGAGAACUACUAUGCCUUUGCACAGCUGCCUGUCACCCCAGAUGUCUUCAUAAUCCCAUCAGAGCUGAGAUACUUUGUGAAGGACGUCCUCGGCUGUGUCUGUGUGAAUCCCGGGCGCCUCACCAAAGGCCAGGUGGGAGGCACCUUUAGCCGACUCUGCCUCAGGAGGCCAAACAAGCAUGGGGAGGAGAAACGCAGCCCCUGUUUUGCUGCCCAGGUGGUCAGGAUCUGAGGCUUCUGCCUGUUCCCUGUUGUGCAACAACCCAGGCGUAGCCCUCUGUUAUUUACCACUAUGUCAGGUGGUAAAGAGGAGAGGACUAUGGGAACAGGCCCAGCAGUGAAGGCCUGUGCACUAACCCUGAGUUGAGCUUGUCUCCGGAAGGAAGCUCUUGCUUCCGAGUGGACACGUGGUGUCCAGAAGUGAACCAGCUGUGGAUACAGCAUGCUCAGAAGAGGCGAGAAGGCUUUGUGAUUUUCUACAUGACUCAAACACAGAAACGACUUGUGGAAACAUAAAAGUCAAU